UGGUGCGCACUGCUAAUAUUUUUUUGGAAAUGUGGCGCCCUCCAAACAGGAAGUAGAACUCCGGCGAAGUUUAACCAAUUCUUUUCCUCUACCAUCGUUUGCGAAGAGGACGCAAUGGGUCGUUACUCUCACGAGCCAACUAAUGUCGCCAAAUCGUGCAAGGCGCGGGGUUCCAACCUCCGUGUUCACUUCAAGAACACACACGAGGCAGCCCGUGCUAUCAAGAAUAUGGCACUGAGAAGAGCCCAGAAGUUCCUGAAGAACGUAAUUGAAUACAAAGAAUGUGUUCCCUUCCGCAGAUUCAAUGGUGGUGUGGGACGGUGCGCUCAAGCUAAGCAAUUUGGAACCACUCAAGGACGAUGGCCCAAGAAAUCCGCCGAGUUCCUACUUCAGCUGUUGAGGAACGCAGAGUCAAAUGCUGAUUACAAAGGUCUAGAUGUUGAUCGUCUUGUUAUUGAUCACAUUCAGGUCAACCACGCACCUUGCCUUCGUAGAAGAACGUACAGAGCCCACGGACGCAUCAAUCCGUACAUGAGCAGUCCCUGCCACAUUGAGGUGAUUCUCACCGAGAAGGAAGAUGUUGUAGCUAAAGCCACGGAGGAGGAACCAUCCAAGAAAAAGCUCAGCAAGAAGAAACUUGCACGCCAGAAGGAGAAGAUGAUGAGAGAAUAAAGGUAUAACUGUGACUUCAUUCGUUUACAAAGAACUGUAUUGUGAAUUAAAAGUUACAUUAUACGGUA